AAGUGGGGAUGCGAAGUCGUGAUUAUGCAGGUUAAUUUUUUUGGUGUGCUGGUAAUCGAAUAAUAGCAUCAUUGGUGCGCUGGAAGUGGGGACGCGAAGUCGUGAUUAUGCAGGUUAAUUUUUUGGUGUGCUUUUGUGUCUUUAUUCGUUUGGGGUGAGUGAUUGUGGUAAUCGAAUAAUAGCAUCAUUGGUGCGCUGGAAGUGGGGACGCGAAGUCGUGAUAAUGCAGGUUAUUUUUUUUUGUGUGCUGGUAAUCGAAUAAUAGCAUCAUUGGUGCGCUGGAAGUGGGGACGCGAAGUCGUGAUUAUGCAGGUUAAUUUUUUUUGUGUGUGCUGGUAAUCGAAUAAUAGCAUCAUUGGUGCGCUGGAAGUGGGGACGCGAAGUCGUGAUUAUGCAGGUUAAUUUUUUUUGUGUGCUGGUAAUCGAAUAAUAGCAUCAUUGGUGCGCUGGAAGUGGGGACGCGAAGUCGUGAUUAUGCAGGUUAAUUUUUUUUUGUGUGCUGGUAAUCGAAUAAUAGCAUCAUUGGUGCGCUGGAAGUGGGGACGCGAAGUCGUGAUUAUGCAGGUUAAUUUUUUUGGUGUGCUUUUGUGUCUUUAUUCGUUUGGGGUGAGUGAUUGUGGUAAUCGAAUAAUAGCAUGCCUUACUGAAUUAUUUGUGUCUUGAGCGUAAUUUUCGUUGAGUGAUUGGUGUUUUUUGUGAUCUUAAUUAAUUGUUUUGUGAUUUUCAAAGCCCUUCCUAUAUCAUCGUUGAUCGGAAGGCACGGCGUCGGGUAAAUUGCGUAUAAUUUUUUUCGAUUAAGGUUUUAUUUUUUAUGGUGAAAAAGCCAUUUCUAUAUAAUGAUCGAAAGACGCACUGACAUUUUGGAAUAAUUAAUAGUGGAGUGAAAUAAUUGUGAGUGAGUGAUUUUGUGUGUUAAUCAGAAAGACCUUCCCAUAGCAUCGUUGCUCGGAAGGCUCGCCGACGGGUCUGUUAUGAAAGUCCUCCCCAUAGCAUCGUAGCUCGGGAGGCAUCGAAAAGCCAAUACCUUAUCCUACUAACCCAAAAAAAUAUUAAUCACGUGAUGCUUGAAGGAGAUGCUGUGGAUUCAACGGUCUCAAGCGGUAUCAACAAGUAUAUAGCGAAAAACUGUGUGCUUGAUGAGUCUGCAACUUCAACUAUCGGACUAACAUUCCUCCCUUUCGUUGAACUGCAGGCUUCUUGGGAGGGCGCCGGUAUUGACUAAUAAAGCAAGGAUCUUCAGAGGUUAAACAGUGAACGGAUGGUUGGCUCCCACUAAUCAUUUUUGAUUCAUUGUUCAACUUCAGCUGAUCUGUCAAUAACGGAGUAGCAGCUCAUUGGCAGUCAACCAUGCUCAUGCUCAUGAAUGGAACGGAAUUGUUUUACGUAUUUCGCCGGUUUUGUUCGGUUCGCGGUCAAGUUCACGGGAUUUUCGUCGCGUAGUGGCCAUAUCACGAUGGCGGAAUUGAACUACUGGACACAAUGGAGUUUCGUCGGUCAGGAAUGGCGGAACUCCUGACGGGAUUCCAAGCGGUUAAACUUGGGAAGUUUUCACUUUUGCAAACUACGGUUUUGCUUCAGCCAAUGUUUAUGCUUUCAGCUCACAAGAAUUUGGACGAUACAAACAGGUUUGGACGGAAAUUCGCUGAUCAACUUGACGGUGCAGCGACCUCAAAUUUAAAUCAUUAAAUUUGUCCAUUUUCGAACCUCACCACAGUUCUGACCAUGCGCGCUUACGCAAGCAUAAAUAAUUUUACCCGUCGACUCGCGUUGCGCGACAAAUAAUUAAGCUUAUGUACAGGUGUGGAUCAUGAGUCAUCCUCACCUGAAAAGCCCUUUAUUAAAUUUCGCCAAUUGUUAGGCAAUCAAAAAAAUGGUUAAGCUUUCAAUUAUGAAUGUGCGAUGUUAUUUCACAGGGGAAAUUGAGGGUGUGGCUUAACCAAAUUCAUUGGCAUGUUUGUUCAAUGGAGAAUUCGACCUUCUCAUUAUUGACCAACAUUUUGGAGAAUGUUUUAGAAACAUAAUUUUAAUAUUCCAAUAACAUAAUUUAAAGUUUCACGACAAUGGUUCGAACCCAUGACUUCCGAUUUUGAGGUGUACUCACUACACCAUACGGAAAGUCAUGAAGAAUUGCAGAGGUCUGCAUAAUUUAAUUCAUGAGGUUCAUCGAUGCUUCUCAUCGAAACGGACCACUUUUAGUAGAACAAAAUUUAGUAGAGUUUUCGGGGACUGACUAUAAAAACCCCAAAAUUCUUGAGGAGGGCAGUUAGUUCCAGUUAGUUCCAGUUCGUGUUCCAGUCCUGUUCCAGAAGACGCCCCAGACCAGCCAGACCCGCCAGCAGCCACCAGUAGCAGAGGCCCCAGUCCAGCCGGACUUAGCGGUGGAGGCCGCAGUCCACCGGGACUUAGCCGCUGUGAAGAGUCCGCCGGGACUUAGCCGCCGUGAAGCGUCCGUCGGGACUUAGCCGCAGUGAAGAGUCCACCCGGGACUUAGGAGUUCGGGGUCUGGCAUGGCUCGGCGAAGAGGUCUGGAGGACAAGUCUGGCUUCAACGUAGAUAAUUGGCUCGACGAAAGUCUUAAUGAAAUUAGCAACAAAAAGUUGAGUGAUGUGAUCGUGCGCGUAAAAGUUGAGAGUGUUACCGCAAAAAUGUAAUCUUUAAAAAAUUGUAAUACACAAAUAAGUGAAGUUUACUGAUCUGUUUUGACUCUACAAGUAAAUAUCACAAAAAUCCUGAAAGCCUAAACCGCUCGGGCCGUUCAGGUGGUGACUAGCGGAAAGCAACGCUGUGUGUGUUUGGACACGCCAUUAUGAUUGGACAGAACCGAGAGUUGAAAAUGUGACUAUGUGUGAAAGUUAAUGAACAAAAUGAUUUCGCGAAGUAACAAACAGUUAAAAUAGUGUAAAAAAAAAACGUUAAAUUGAAAAAAAUGUUAUGUGAGGAGUUCUAAGAUGGAAGCAAAUGUGCAGCAGUACGAGAUGGAACCAAAACGGGCUCAACCAAUGGCAGAAGCAUCGAAAAUUUCAAAACCGGCCAACGAUGGACAACACUAGGGAUUCAACAAUGACGAGAUCAUCUGGAUCAACUGGAGACGAAAUUCAGCCGCAUCGAACACCCAAGAAGACGACCAUGGAAAUCUGGCAGUUUAGGGUGGGAUUAAAUCGGGUUUUUUAUGCUGUUCUGCGCGUGGUGCUGACUGGAAGAAGCAGCUGGAGCGAUCGUGGUCUGCUGGGAGCUGUACAUCGGCGGCUGGCGGACGGAAGCUGCGCUGCUGUGGAAGCUGUUGAACGAGAGUGAUCGUGUGUGUGCUGGACGUUGCCCAUUGAGCGGAGGUUCUUCGAGGGCCUGCAUCGUUCCAGAAGAAGUAUUGGGUUGCAUGUGCAUGAGGUGUGUGUGUGCGUUUGUGAGGUGUGUGCCAUUUUGAGUUGAGUGAGUACGGAUGUUUCGAGUGAAUUUUAAUAAAGUUGGAUUUAUUUUACGCAAGAGCGUUUCUUUCCGGGGUUGUGGUCUGGGUUUUAAUUGCGCAAGCCUUGAUUUUUGUUCUGGUCUCUGUCAGUCGGUCCACUGCUGGUUCUCCACCUUGGCUGUCUCUCCCCACUGUCAAUCGGGUCGCGUAGAACGUUGAGUUGAUCGUUUCGGUGUUCGCGGUUGCAGUGUUCUGGAUUUUUGGCGGUCAACGGUGAGUGAAGGCGGUGAAGAAUGGACGAGUUGAAGGAUUUGCUGAAGCAGGAGCGGCAGCUGAUUCUGACCAUCAAUGGUGUUGGUGAUUUCGUGGAGGCGUACAAGAAGGCGGAGCAUGAGAACCAGAUCUCGAUUCGGCUGGACACCCUGGAGGAGGCAAUGAGGAAGUUCUUCAAGGUGCGCCGCAAGAUCGAAGCCAUGAUCGACGACGAAGAUGAGGAUCAAGUUGUUGGAGAGUCGAAGGAGGCUCGGAAGAAGCGGUUGGCUGAUCUGGUGGUUCAGCGUGAGAUGGAGUACAACAAGGCUCUUCGUGACGUCGAGGAGAGGUACUUCGUGGUGAAGGCAAAGCUGGUCGCGCUGCGUCCGGUCAAGGUUGAGCCCACUCCUGGUGCUGACCUGAACGAAACCUGCUUCGAUCGGUCGAUUUCGCGCAUUAAGUUGCCAGACAUCAAGCUGCCCAACUUCAGCGGCGAACUGAAGGACUGGAUCCCGUUUCGCGACACCUACAGGAGCCUCAUCCACUCCAACGUGCAGCUGCCGGACAUCGACAAGUUCACAUACUUGAGGUCCGCUCUGCAAGGUGAGGCACAGCUGGAGAUUCUGUCGGUUGAUUUCUCCGCAGAAGGCUACGACGUUGCUUGGAAGGCGCUGGAGAAGAAGUACGACAACCACAAGCUCAUCGUGAAGGCGUACUUGGACGCGCUCUUCGACAUCGAGCCGCUGCGGAAGGAGAGCUGUGACGGUCUGUCUCACUUGAUCAGCGAGUUCGAGACGAACCUACAGAUGCUGAAGAAGCUCGGUGAAGGAACGGAAGCCUGGUCAACGAUCCUGGUCCACAUGCUCUGUGCGCGUUUGGACCAUACCACGCUGCGACUGUGGGAGUCGCACCACAACUCGAAAGCUGUGCCGAAGUACGACGUUCUGAUUGAGUUUCUGCGUGGCCAGUGUACGGUGCUGCAAUCGAUCAAGGCCAACCGGCCCAGCGAAGGAGACGGUCGGCAGAACCGAUCAAGAGUCUCGACCGCUCACACGUCAUCACAGUCACAACGACGCUGCCUGUUCUGUGAAGAGACGUUCCACAUGCCGUUCAAUUGCAGCAAGCUGAGGAACAUGUCUGUGUCCCAACGAGUGGAGGAAGUGAAUCGACGGCGACUGUGCCGAAAUUGUUUACAUGCUGGUCAUUACGCUGACGGAUGUUCUCGUGGUUCCUGUUCCCGCUGCGGCGGAAGACAUCACACGUUGCUGCAUUAUGACACGCCGGCCCCUGCUGACGCUCGACAAGAAAGAUCCUCCGUUCCUAAUACGCAAAGCCAAUCCCACGAAGCUGGACAACUACAACCCACGAGACAGCAAGACCAGACACAGAACAUUUCCACCCAACCAACCACAAGUUUCUACUCCGUGAUCCAAUCCACUUCUCGAAACACUCACCCACCACCACCCACAGACUUUCGAAAUACCACCACCCUCAAAGCGGCAUUCCUCCCCGCACAAAAUGCACCCACACUUUCCCGCCGAGUCCUCAUGGCCACGGCUGUUGUUCGCGUGGAAGACCAGUUCGGGAACUUCUCGUUCGCUCGGACCCUGUUGGAUUCGUGUUCCGAGUUCUGCUACAUUUCUCACACGUUUUCGAAAAAGCUGAAGUUCCGGACAACACCAGAUGUACUGAGGGUACAGGGCAUCGGAAACGGCUCAGCGUUGUCGCUCGAGGCCGUACGCGCAAAGAUCCAGCCACGGCUGGCUACGAUCUCGAGGUUUUCGAAGGAAAUGCAGAUCCACGUGCUGGAAAAGAUCGCCAACGAUCUGCCCGUCACACCUGUUGACGUCAACCAGAUGAUGUUCCCCUGUGAUGUCAUUCUCGCUGAUCCGCACUUUGGGAAACCUGGUCCCAUUGACAUGAUCAUCGGCGCUGAGUUCUUCUUUGAGUUGCUGGCGGCUGGUCGUCGUAAGAUCGUCGAGGACGGUCCGACGCUGCAGGAGACUGUGUUUGGAUGGAUAGUCUCGGGGAAAGUUCCAGUGUCGUCAACCAGCGUCCCAUGCACGGCAACCUACUUCAGCUCAGCAGUUGACCAACUGGAGUCGAGUCACGUCGACAACACCCACUCUCUGGAGGAGUCCACCCGCGAAGAGCUGUUCAAGAAGACGACGAAACAAGAUGCGAAGGGAAGAUCAGACGGCGUCGAAGAAGCCAGCACGCCGAUGAAGAAAGUCCGGCAGGUCACCGAUUCAGCUGAUGUCACGGUGAAGAAGUGGAUCUCCCACUGCCCAGAGCUGCUCAAGCAGCUCCCGAAGCACCUGAAGGACGAGCGCAGCACGCUCAACAAGCUGCACAGUGUCGUGCACGCUUGUGUCUUUUAUCAACAGCUGUGGAGAGUCAAGAGCGAUCGGGAUCAACCGUCGGACGAAUCGUUGCAGCAGCUGUGGAGAGUUAGGAUGAUUUUGAAGGCGGUCGCGACGAGAAAGGUGCCGCGCUGGAUUGGGUUCAGCAACGAUUGCGUCGAGAACAAGAUCUACGGGUCAGAGCGAGCGUACGGUGCGAGUCUCUACCUCCGCUGCACUGCGCUUGACGGUUCCGUCACGUUUCGACAGCUCAUGGUCGAGGCCAAGGUGGCUCCGCUCGAGAACCCAAAGCGCAAGAAGAAGAAGGUCAACAUUCCACAGUUGGAGAUGUCACCUGGCAGAUGGUCAAGGCGUCGGAGAAGGUUACGCGCCCCAACACACAACUGGUGGACGGCGUCAUGCGAGUCUGUUUUCGUCUGUCGAACAUCUCGCACGGCAAACGGACGCUUCAAUCGAGCAAUCUCGAUCGUCUGUUCGCUGCUCAUUCGAAACAAUCAAGAUUAA